AUGAAAAUAGCUAAUUUGAUAUCAAAGCUUCAUAAAUCCAUCUAUUAAUUUAGUGAUAUCAAUACUAAAUUAGCUAGCAUAAUAUUCACUAAUGUUGCAUUACAGAGUAACUUUGAUUAGAAAUUUCCUGGAGCCAAAUAAAUAUUUCAUUUUAAUGAGUAAUAGAAGGAAUCAAUAGUGAAGACUAAAAAAAAUUAAUAAGAAAUUAUCUGUAUAUGAUAUUGUAAUGAUAAGAGUUCAAUGAUUCUAAUUAUUUGGGUUUAUAUGUUAACAAAAUUUAUAAUAACCCUAUCAAUAGAGCAACAAGGUUUGAAUAUGCUUAUGUUGAAUUUGCAAAUAAAGACUAUUGGUAACAUAUGUAUGAGAUUGUUGGUACAAUGGAUCCAAAAUGUAUAAUUAUGUAUUAUUGAUUAAGCUUCAACUCUUAUAAUUAGAAUAAAAGAAGAUGUUUUGAAAGAAUGUUUAGAAUGUAAUUUAGACACUUUGGAUUAACAUAAGGGUUUAUUCAUUCAAAAGAUUGUUAAUAUUGGGAUGAUUACAUUAUUUUAGAUUACUUUAAAAUAUGAAAAAACCUUGUAAAAGGAAGGGAUAACAGAAUUUGCAUUCUGUUGUUUGUAUUCAAAAGAAGACAUUUUCACUUAUGGUUAGAAAACAUUGGUAUGAUGUUAUCUAUAACUUAGUUGUAUAAGUCAAAAGGGAGUAUUCAUAAAUAGUUGGGUUAGAGAUUUAUGAUUCAUAGACCUGAAGCAGUAAUAGGGGAAGUAUACCCUAAACUGGAAUGAU